AUGGUCGCCGUCGCCUUGUUAACGUGGCUACUCUUCCUCAGUACACAGUCCCUGCGGUCCGCUGCACUGCUGCGCCAAUCUUUAGAAAGCACAGCACCAGAAGCACUAGCAGCAGUGCAAGGCGUCUUGGCGUCACAGCGUCAGCACCAGUGUCCGGCGCUGCUCUUGUAUGACAACCCUAGCCAGGUUGCUCUCACAUUCGUGAAGGACACCGAGAAGCUAUCGCCACGCGGCAUCGCCAUCUUCCUGGUCGCGUCUCAACACACCCAGGGUAAUGAAACGCUGGCGUUCCUGAAGGCGACGGUCGACAAGGUUCGUCAGAUGGGAGGGGCGUGGCACUGCCUGGUGGUGGUGGUGGUGAGUGAUGACCCAGCCUUCCUCACCGCUUUCGCCCAAUUCUCACUCAGGCGUCACGCCCUCAGGUGGUCCACCAAGAUUCUCAUCUUCACUCACCUCCCUCUCAGCCAUCUUAGCGGCCUACAUAACCUUCUCUCCAACAGAAACGCCAUGCUGCUCCUCGCGCACCGGAGCCAGAAAACCACAAGAUUCCCAUCAGCACCAACGUUGACUGUGGCGGUAGAAUUCAUGCCUCACCAUUCUCUCACGUGGGUGGACGACCCGCUCGCCGAGGAUGGACGCCGUCUUCACUACACUGGUGCCAUGGCAAAAAUUGUUGGUUAUCUUGGGGAAGGACUUAAUUUUACGUAA